AGUCAUCGGGCGUUUUCCCACAGGGGGAGUAUAAAAGGAGACCCCCUUGAAAGAAAUCCCCCGACACCUUCUUUCUCCCCCAAGAAAUUCCCAGCAAAAAGAGAUACUCAAGAAGAACGACCAGAGUUGACUGUGCACGUCAGCCAUGUCGGUACUCUCACCCCCGCCACACGUACCCGCAGAUCCUCGAACCUCUCCUGUCCUUGCCCGAGCGGGACCCAAAACACAACGGAGAAAAGACCAGCAACCUCGGAACACCAAACACACGAAUCAAUUUGACAUUUUCAACUUGAUGUCACGACAUUACAUUGACCGUCACCAUGUUACACAUUUAGAUGGACACGACCGGCAUCGCUUCGGAAAGAAUCGCCGCCCAGCAGCUCAACGUAAAGACAUGCGCACCCAACAGCAAAAAUUCUUCUACCCUCUUAACCCUUUCAUGCCGCAACUUGCGCAACAAUAUAUGUGGUAUCAACCGUCAUUUGCUGCUUCUGCAAAUGGAGCUCCACGGAUGUGGAACGGUUCUAACAUUCCCCUGGCGUCAAAAGCUGAUUUGAGAAAAACCGGACGUCGAUCUCAGUACGGCAAGUCAGGGCGACCUCAUGCGAUGCUUUCGAAUUCGCUCCAGCGUCAAGCUCGAUCGAAUCUUGGCCGACGUAACAAGCGGAACGGUCCUCGUAGGUUUCGUGGAGACUCUUACCGCCCUGCUCAUCAUUCAGUUCAUGACCGUUCAUCGAACACAGUAUCAGAGGAAGAGAGUAAAUCAUCGACAGCUACCGCAGAUCAGUCCGCCGCGAGUGAUCAGGAGGUGGACAAAUUGCUGGAUGAAGCAUUCGCGGAACUCGGUCUGGACGAAGAUGAGAGCGGAGAUGGUGAUGAAAGCGAAGAAGAUUGGGAAGCUGCCGACUACUCUACCCCUCCGCUGUCACAAUGGGAAUAUCCUGAGGCAUCAUAUGAGCGUGAUCGCGAAACUUUUUACCGAAUUGGUGGAACUAAUUUGAACACCUCGUUUAUUGGAUCGGAUUUCCCAACCAAUUUUUUAGAGGAUGUCAAUUCGUUGACUUAGCGUAGUUGAUCGUGGUUGUACAUACUCGGUGCUAGUGGACGUUUUUUUCUCUGCACAUACUGGAUCUCCUAAUUGUAUAUUAUUCUGGUGGGGCAUUUGUAGUGUAGAUACCCUGGUGUGGUGUGGGAUGGCUGACGCUUCAGGGGAGGGGCUGACGGAGAUGACUAGCAUGGAGGAAACAGUAAUGCUAAUACGACAGCUGCGUUCAUUCGACGCAAGACUUCAAGAACCUGCAUUCGCUCUACACGGAAUUUGACAAGCAAGAGUUAAACUGUCUCUCCGCCGUUGGCUAUCUGACACGGAUUCCGGACGCCCGCGGCCUGAUCAUUUGGCGAAUCAAGCUGCUGUGUGUUUGUGGUUCGGUUAGACGGAGUGACGGUUUGUGUUCUGCUUGUGGCCUGUUUUGUUGUGAUCUUUGUCUGACUUUUACUGGUUCAUUAUUGCGAUUACCUUCCCCGACGCCAAUAUAAUAAUCGCAAGACACGUCGUUGUCAAGCUCAUGUAUGCUGUCGCAUCGCAAUGUGCUUUAUGUCAUACCGACACCGUGUUGUGGGAGAUAUAUUCUAUCCGUCAGUAUGUGAGUAUGCCUGAGCUUGCUCUCAUAUUUACUGAGAUCUUCUCUCUGUGAGUGUUGGCUUUCCACCGUGUAGGUGUGAUUCGUCUGUGACAUCUUCCCUGAUGCUGCUCGUCCACAACGUACAGUGCUUCAGGCUACCGUUUGACGGUCGUUAUUACCACCUUCUCAUUACCUCAUCUUUUGACGCACAGCAGUCGGCGAAGCCGUUUGAAGCUGCAUCUUCGGUGUAACGUCUCCCCUCGAUGCGUGGAUGUAUUCCACUUUCCUCUUCACUUAACCAUUCUAACUCCCAACCGUACCCACAUUGUGCCAACUAAUGAACCAUCCGCAUCUGCGACUAAC